AAGUAAGACACGCGGCUGCGCUGCAGCUUUGUCUGGGGUCUGAGCAAGGGCUGCUGGGGCCUGCUUGACUUGGGUGUAAGGGAGGUUUUUUUGCUUUACCGCUCCAGCUGUGCGAGAUCGGGAGCUGUAACCAAACGCCUGUGUUGUCAGUAGGGUUAUUUGUAGACAUGAGCGGUUAAGCUAUGGUUCUGUUCAGGUAAUGACAAUAUUGUCACGUGGCACUGGUUAUUCCAGUAACAACCAAGGUUAUAUACAUAAGGUGAGGUCAUUUCUUACCAUGCAGAAAAAUAGAGGCCGAACAGGUAGAAAGAGGCAAAGAAGAAAACAAUAUAGCAGUUUUUCUUCAAACAGAGUAAACCAGAGUCACAAACUGGAAUAUAUAUGUCUUAAGAAGUGGCUGAAAGAAAGGGGGUUUAAUGACAGUAAUUUAAUACCAGCACAAUUUUCAGAUACAGGAAGAGGACUAAUGAACACAAAAGCCUUUAAGGCAGGGGAACUGAUUAUUUCAUUGCCGGAGAAAUGCUUACUCACCACUGGUACUGUCCUUAGUAGCUACCUUGGGGAAUACGUUGCAAAAUGGAAGCCUCCCAUAUCCCCUUUGAUAGCUCUGUGCACAUUUUUAAUAGCAGAGAGACAUGCUGGCGAGCAGUCUGCAUGGAAGCCUUACAUUGAUGUUUUACCAAAGACCUAUACCUGCCCUGUUUGCUUGGAGGAAGAAAUAGUGAGACUUCUUCCUGAGCCCUUAAGAAGGAAGGCUCAGGAGCAAAGAACAGUGGUCCAGGAACUACAUAUUUCUUCCAAGACUUUUUUCUCUUCUCUGCAAUCUUUGUUUACUGAGAAUGUAGAAACUGUUUUUAACUACAAUGCCCUGCAGUGGGCUUGGUGCACCAUUAAUACUAGAACAGUGUACAUGAAGCAUUCACAAAGGGAAUGUUUCUCUAGAGAGCCUGAUGUUUAUGCAUUAGCACCUUAUUUAGAUCUGCUAAACCACAGUCCAAAUGUUCAGGUAAAAGCUGCAUUUAAUGAGCGGACAAGAUGUUAUGAAAUUAGGACUGAUUCACAUUGCAGAAGACAUGAAGAACUGUUUAUCUGUUACGGCCCUCAUGAUAACCAGCGGCUUCUGCUAGAAUAUGGUUUCAUUGCCACCAACAACCCACACAGUGAGGUUUAUGUCUCAGCAGCCAUCCUUCUUCAACAUGCCUUUCUGGCAGACAAGCAGAGAAAUAUGAAGCUUUCCAUUCUAAAGGAUCAUGACUUAUUUGAAAAUUUGACGUUUGGAAGGGAUGGGCCAUCCUGGAGACUCCUCACAGCUCUCAAGUUGUUGUGCCUUGGAGCAGACGAAUUUACCUAUUGGAAGAAAGUGUUGCUUGGUGAUAUAAUUUCAGCUAGAAAUGAGGAGAAGAGUUUGAACAUAGCGGCAAAAAUAUGUCUUUCCUUAAUAGAGGAUACUCAGCAUGUCCUUGAGAAGAUUUUCCAAAUGAAAAAGGACAACAUGAACCUUGAAAACCAGCUGACUUUGGUGGAAGCACUGCGUCUGGAAGACCUAACAAUCUUGCAAACAUCAUUAGGGAUUGUGCACAACUUGCUUGCUGCAAUAACUUAACCUGUUCAAAAAGUAGAUCACAGCACAGUGGCUUUCACUUGAAGGAGCUAGAAGCCUGCAUAAUAUUUUUUUAUGACCAGUAGCAUCAAGGAAUAAUGUAAAAUUAUGGUGGAAAAGGUGUCCAGUUUGACAUUCGCUCUAGGGCCAUAUUCUCUGCUAUCUCCUGAGAGGCGCAGCCUAGAAAAUGCAGGACGCAAGGGUGGCUUUGUCACUUUUGUGUUAUCUAGGUUUUGGGCUGUUCUGGGAACCAAAGCACCUCCAGGCAUAAUUAGAGCUGUCCCAGGGGUUGAUGGAACUUGAAGGUGCCUAGGGAUUGGACUGCAGCCUAGAACCUUUAUAGUGCCAAGAGGCUGCUCCCUGCUAUGUCCCUACUUUCAGGCUCGCAGUGGAGGGCAGUGUAGAGCCACUUGCUGUUCCUGUGCCAGGAACAUCUGCUGACCCUUUGUGGUCAUUGAACUUGGCUGGACGUGCUUAUAAGGUCUGGAGUACAGUCUGUGUCAGCCCCAGAAUGACCCCAAAACCAUCCCAACACCCAAUCCAAUGCAUAUGUAGUGCUGAAGCUGGAGGUUCAGGUCUCAGCCAUCAUGAAGAAGUGCGGAUUUCCCUCCCCACAUUUUAAAAAUUCCCUCUACAUUGAUGCCAGCCUAUGUAUGUUUCUCAGGAGCACUGGCUCCUGCCUUCUCCCAUGUGUGCAAGCACGUUUCCAAAAAUAAACAUUUGUUAACAUCCCUCCCCUCUCCAAUUUGGGAGCUGGCUGCCAUUCAGAGUUAGAGGCAAAAAGGAACACGUGGAAUAGGGGUGGGGAACCUUUUCUGGGCCGGAAGCCACUGGCCCACAGAAAAAUAAGUCAGAAGCUGCACACAAGUGAGAAACAAACAAAAAAACACUCCUCACCAAUGCUGGAGAGAGUCCCCGAGCCUCAGGUGCUAAAUCCAGGCAAGCUAGGGGCUGCAUCCGGCUCCCAGGCUUUAGGGUCCCCACCCCUGACUUAGAGCAUCUAGUCUGACCUGUAUAUUCCAUGCCUCUACAUUUCACCCUGUUACCUCAGUAUUGAGCCUCUUAAUUAGUUUGACUAAAGCUUCUAUCUCCCAUUUUGGCAUUCAGUCUUGAUUUGAAAACAUCAGAGAUCCACCGCUUCUCUUGGAUCCAGUGGUAAAUUGCCAUCACUAUCGGGAUUUUGUGCCUUAUUUCCAGUUUGAAUUUGUCUGGCUUCAGUUUCAAGCCAUUGGUUCUUGCUAUGUUUCUCUUCUAGUUUAAAGGCCCUAUUGGUACCCAUUCUUUUCUUCCAUGAAAGAACUUGUGCACUGCAAUCAAGUCACCUUUCAAUCUUUUUUUGAUAAGCUUUACAAAUUGAGCUCUUUAAGUAUCUCAUUACAAGGUAUUUUGCCCAGCCCUUGAGUCCCCUCUUCUUUUGGCUCUUUUUUGCACCCUCACCUAAUUCUCCACAUUGUUUUUCAAAUGUGGGUAUCAGAACUGUAGGGGCAGAAUUAUAGAAUCUGUCUCCCCAAUGCUGUGCAGAGAGGAAAUAUUCUCUCCCUGUUCUUACUAGUAUCUGCAUUGGUCUGUAUUAAAAUGCAUUUUGUAUGAAUGGGGCCAAAUUUACCAAGCAAUCCAGAUCGCUUUGUCCAACUGUCCUGUGCUCAUUGUUAUUUGUCAUUGUGCCAGUCUUUGUGUCAGAUUUCAACAGCAAUGAUUCUUUUUUAUUUAUUUCAAGAUCAUUGCUGAAAAAGUUGACUAGCAUUUGGACUAGUACCAAUCCCUGCAUCUCCCUCCCACAAAUACUGCCUGAGAGAUUGCCCCUCAAAGGCUAUGGAGUAGGGGCACUUGGCAUAUAGCUAUACACUACAGGGAAAGGAGACCUGUAGAUACACUGGUUGCUGCUGUGGUGUAUAGUUACAUUCUGCAGUGAUAGUCUCCAGCAGCGGGAAGUGGGGAACCUGCUGGAGUCUCUUACUGGAAAGGGAAAAAGCUGCUGUAGCAGGGAGAUACUACAUUGUUUAAAAACUGUAGAUAUGGGAGGUACUGCCUGGGUGCACUGAGAGCCUGUGUUGGAUAAAUACUGUGGGUGGGAUUAAAGUAUGUAGGACACUCUAUUAGCCUAAGUAGUUUCUCCCUGUUUAUACUGUUAUUUAUAUGUGUGCUAGCUAGGCAUACAGUGUCUGUACUCUACUGCCAUGUAGAUGUCCCUUAAGUGAUACACUGCCACAGCUCUGAUCAGUGGACGUAAGGGAGCUAGAUUUUUCAUUUUAAAAGGAGGACAUUCUCUUAGGAGGUCUCUUUGCUCUGUACUUUGCUUCCUUCCUAGCCACACUUGGUCCACCAACCCCUGAAUUCCUGCACGGUUCCACCAUCCUGCAAGACUCCUGUUCACCUGGGCAUUUGAAGAGAUGAUGGGUUGAGGGAAGAUUUUAUUUUUGGUCAAAUAAUUACUAAAAUGGGAUGAUGAGGAGGUGAACAAAAGAGCCUACCAUCUGGAAAGAGAACUUAUUGCUGUUUUUAUUGCCCUGAGUAAAUGAUGUAAUAAUAAAGGCUUUUUAAUGGGUACCUUAAUGCUCUUGGCCUGCUACAUUACUUGAGCUCGCGGUCUCACACUGCAUCAUAAUUAAGUUUUUGUAUAAUUUUAUUCAUACGUAAAAUGAA